CUUCUGUGGUGUUUCUUUGCUUGGGAGGUUACAGCAAGGUUCGCAAAUACUGCAAUAUUACCUUACGCUCUUUCACUGAUUAAAACACAUGCUGAAUUUUUAUCACCCCCUUUCCAUAGCCUGUGCCAUCCAGGGCUACCUGAUACCCAUCCCCAGGUUGGGUUUCACAGGCUGCCUCUACAAUGCUGCAUCUGAUCAGUGACUGAAUGGGCAGCCUGGGGGAAACCUUUCCAGAGGAGACUGGCUUAGCAAGCUGUGGGACUUCCUUUCGGCUUCUUUUGAUAAUGAAGAGAGAAAACAGUUUUGCUUUAAACUAUGGCUUCUCAGGAAGAGGCACAAGAGACAAAUCCCACUACUGGAAGUCUUGAAAUCAUCUCUGUUGCAGAAGAUGAACCUCCAGUACCAGAAAUUCACUUUUCCUUCAAAAGAUUUUUCAGCAUACAAGUGAGAGUUGACCCCAGUGCAGAUGGAUCUGGAGAUAUCGAACCACCUUCGAUGUGCCAUGUUUUAAUCUCCCCAAAAUACCUUCCAUAUGUCUGUGUUACAUCCCUUCUAGUAAUCCUAGCAGUUGCCAUUGGCCUGGGUGUCCAAUACAACUGCAUUGGGAAGUUUCGCUGCCGGUCAUCUUUUAAGUGUAUCCAGAAGUCAGCCAGGUGCAAUGGUGUCUUCAACUGUAAAGAAGGAGAGGAUGAGUACGGAUGUGUCAGGCUGAGUGGCAAGAGAGCAGUGCUACAGGUGUUCACCUCUGGAUCCUGGCGAACCGUCUGCUCGGAUGACUGGAAAGCAGAGUAUGGAAAUACUACCUGCAAACACCUGGGUUUCUCAAGUUAUGUGAGUUCAGGUUACCUGCCGGUGACUGCAGUCGAAAAACAGUUUCAAAGACAUUUUGUAUCCCUCAGCCACUGGUUAUCAGCUGAUCAAGUGACGUCCCUGCACAACGCAACAAACCUGAGAGAGGAAUGUACUUCUGGCAAUGUAAUCAUCUUAAAAUGUUUGGCAUGUGGGACACGGGCCAGCUACGGGCCACGAAUUGUGGGAGGAAACGCAUCCUCCCCCCGUCAGUGGCCCUGGCAGGUCAGCCUGCAGUUUCACGGGCACCACCUCUGCGGAGGGUCCGUCAUCACCCCUCGCUGGAUCGUCACAGCCGCCCACUGCGUCUACGACCUGUACUUGCCGAGCUCAUGGAGCGUGCAAGUUGGUUUUGUGACUCAGCAGGACACCCAGGUUCACCCAUAUUCAGUGGAAAAAAUUAUCUACCAUCGAAAUUAUAAACCCAAGACAAUGGGAAAUGAUAUAGCACUGAUGAAACUGGCAGCACCGCUUGUUCUCAACGGUCACAUAGAGCCAAUUUGUCUGCCUAAUUUUGGUGAACAGUUCCCAGAAGGGAAAAUGUGUUGGGUGUCAGGAUGGGGAGCAACUGUUGAAGGAGGUGAUACAUCCGACACAAUGAAUUAUGCAGGUGUUCCCUUGAUUUCUAACGCAAUUUGCAAUCACAGGGAUGUCUACGGUGGGAUCAUAACUCCGUCAAUGCUUUGUGCCGGUUUCCUAAAGGGAGGGGUAGAUACCUGCCAGGGAGAUAGUGGGGGCCCUUUAGCGUGCGAAGAUAUGAGCAUCUGGAAGUUGGUGGGGACCACCAGCUUUGGAGUGGGCUGUGCAGAAGAGAACAAGCCAGGCGUCUACAGCCGAACCACCUCCUUCCUGGACUGGAUACACGAGCAGAUGGAGAGAGAAGAGCUGCAGACCUGAAGGGAGUGGCGACUUGCUGGGCUUCUGAACACCCAUGUCAAGAUGCAGCCCCACAGAAGGACCUACUGCACUCUUCUGGAUGUCUGUUCUGAGCUGUGUACCUUCAUGGACUACUUUUUACCAUUUCUUUUUGGUACUGGUAACUGUACUUAAUGAAAACUGUUGCACAUUCAUCUUCUUUUCAAUGGAAGAGGCAGUUUCAUUCUGCACGAUGGACACAAGCAUUUACGGUCACCUCCUAAUUUCACACAGAAGAAGUGCUAAGACUGAUAACCCAGAAUGCUGCAAUUAAGUUUUGCAAGCACCAUGGGUAUAAGACUACAGGAACUUCAGGUUGCUUGUUACUAUUUUGGUACUUCCCUUCCAAGAACCAGACUACAAAAAGAUUUUUUUUUUUCCUGAAAGUAUUCAUGUAUAAGGUCCAUACUGUGUUGCACAGGGAUUUUUUAUAGACAUAAAGCACACAGGAAGUGAGCAGCUGGAAAUUUUGGCCCACACGUAGCAAGUACACUCAAUUUUGUUAGAAAAAAGAAAAUCAUUGGAUUCUAGCAUUUUAUCACGUGAGCAAAAUCCAUAAAAAUUGCAUGCUCUUGCUGGAAAUGGCUUGGAAAUGAGCAAUAUAUAGAUGGUAACUGUACUGAAAAAAUCUGAGAUUACUGAACAGUCCUAAAAAGAAGUGAAACUUCUUUCCUGCUUUUUGACAGGCUGUAAAGCCAAAGUCAUUGCUCUAUUUAUGGUGUACCACACAGUACAAUAUCCACUGAAUGCUCCCAAGCUUACAUCAUGGAGUACGGCUCACUAAGGCACUCAUACUUAGUUGCCUUCCCUGUUUUCUCUCCCUUUUUCUGCAGACAUAGCUAGUGAGAUCCCACACCCUUUGUACCCCCUAGUGACAUCAGUGGUGCCGGUGAACUGAUGGCAGCAACGCAAGUAUUUAAUUUGGGGACAAAAUAUCUGAAGUGCUGCUGUGGUUUCCUGCUUUACAAGCCAUUUUAAUGCAACAGCCUCUUGUUAGUUUGAAAAAUGUCUGAUCAUUUUGCACUUGCUCUUUGUAAAAAGAACUGGGAUGCAAGUUAUCAAUGUAGAAUUGAGUGCUAGGGGCUGGAUAGGCUGAAUAACAGAUAAUGUUGUCAGAGCUUUUAAAUACCGGCCAAAACUGAUCUUAUCAUCUGAUCAAAUGCUGAUGAUAUGCUUGAAAUGUGGUUUUAGAGGCAGUUCUAUUUGCCUUUAACUCCGUAUCUGUAUCACAAAUGUCAUCCAUCACCGCUGCAAGAAAGCACUGGUGAAAUCAGAACUGCAUGCUGACUGCAAAGCGUGGGGUGAAAAUUGAGAGAGAACGACAAACCAUCACGAAUGGGCAACCUCUCUGUUGUUCUGUGGAUGCUCACUUCAGUCUCACGGGUCACUGCACUGAUACCUUUCACCAUGGCAAAAGGAGCUGCAGUGCAAUGUGAAUAACGCUUCCAGAAACAGCAUAUUGGAAAGAAGAGGGAAGCAUCAUUGUAAAACUGAUACGAAAGUUGGAACAAAAUGGGAAAUUUCAACUUGACAGAACUGUGACAGCAUUAAAAUGAAGUAUGUUGAACCCUUGUGUAGCUAACAGCUUUUUU